GCUGUGGGUGGAGACUUCUCCAGCAGCUGGGUAAAUGUUCGCAGAAUACGCGCGACAGAGUCAAAAUUGCUCUACGUAGCGACAAAAUUAAGCCGACGCGCGAUCUCCUAAAACCGAUGGUGAAUGAACACAUCGUGUAUUUAGCAUAAUAACCUCAGAAAUGCUGCGUCUGUACGAUGGAAAGUUGUAAAUGAUCAUUGGCACUGGUUUGCUGGAGCUGCUGUUGAAACAGUGUAUCCGCAGUGAAUUAACAUCACUUCGUCCUGGCUCACCUUUCCCACAGGUGGAGCAUGAGUGUGUGGUCGGAGUCCUGCUGCGAUGCGUGCUAUUGGGUGUAGGAUGAACCUGCCGGCAGUGCUGAAUGGCCUGUUGGUGUCAGUGGUGGCAGCCUUGCUUUGGAAAUACGUUAAGCUGAUCGAACACACAUCACAGUUGGAAGAGGAGUUACAGCUUACACGUCAAUCACAGGAGUUUUCACAGGUGCGUAUCGACUACCACGGUGCUCUGUUAGCGCUCCAAGAGCAUGGCACCAGAAUGGUUUGUACUGGCAAGAUGCACACCGAUCGCAUCUGUCGCUUUGACUACCUCUGCUACUGCACGGAGGCUGAGGAGUUCGUAUUCUUCCACAGUAAUGCCUCUGUAAUGCUGCCCAACCUUGGCCCUCGGCGUUUCCAGCCCGCCCUGCUGGACCUAUCAUCUGUAGAAGACCACAACACUCAAUACUUUAACUUUCUUGAGCUCCCGGCAGCGGCUCUUAAGUUUAUGCCAAAACCUGUGUUUGUGCCAGAUGUCACUCUAAUUCUGAACCGUUUUAACCCAGACAACCUCAUGCACAUUUUCCACGAUGAUCUUUUGCCCAUAUACUACACCAUGCAGCAGUAUUCAGACUUGGAUGAUGAGGCCAGGCUUGUCUUCAUGGAGGGUUGGAGUGAAGGGGCUCACUUUGAUCUCUACCGCUUGCUCAGCAGUAAGCAACCCCUUCUCAAGGAGCAGUUGAAGACCUUUGGCAAACUCAUGUGUUUCACCAAGUCCUACGUUGGAUUGUCGAAGAUGACAACAUGGUACCAAUAUGGCUUUGUGCAACCACAAGGACCCAAAGCCAACAUUUUGAUUUCAGGUAACGAGAUCCGCCAGUUUGCUUCAUUUAUGAUGGAUAGGCUUAACAUCACGCGAGAGGAGGGAGAUGACUACAUUGUAGUUUUUAAGCGUACCACUAACAGACUCAUCCUCAAUGAGGCAGAACUGCUUUUGGCUUUAGCCCAGGAGUUUCAAAUGAGGACUGUCACUGUGUCUUUGGAGGAGCAGUCGUUUGAUAGCAUUAUACAAAUUAUUAGUGGGGCAACUAUGUUGGUCAGCAUGCAUGGAGCCCAGAUGAUCACCUCCAUGUUCUUGCCCCGUGGUGCCGCUGUAGUUGAACUCUUCCCAUAUGCUAUAAACCCAGAGCAGUACACUCCCUACAAAACCUUGGCCUCUUUACCUGGCAUGGACCUUCAGUAUGUUGCAUGGAGAAAUACACUGGAAGAGAACACUGUUACAUAUCCUGAUCGCCCCUGGGAUCAGGGUGGCAUCGUUCACCUUGAGAAAGAGGAACAAGAACGUAUCCUUGCUAGCAAGGACGUGCCAAGGCAUCUCUGUUGUCGUAAUCCAGAGUGGCUUUUCCGCAUUUACCAGGACACUACUGUGGACAUUGCCUCUUUUCUGGAUGUACUCAGAGAAACUCUAAAAAAGCCUAAUCUGAAAAAGGCCAAGGUGGCUAGCACUGUACAUCCUGGUCGAGUCAGAGAGCCCAAGUGCCAGACAUCAGUACAGGCCACCAAUGAAGCAAAGCUCUCAGUGUCAUGGCAGAUCCCUUGGAACCUGAAGUACCUGAAGGUUAAAGAGGUGAAAUAUGAGGUGUGGAUCCAGGAGCAGGGAGAGAACACAUAUAUGCCUUACAUAUUGCCCCAUCAGAACUACACCUUCUCUGAAAACAUCAAACCCUUUACCACGUAUUUAGUAUGGGUACGCUGUAUCUUCAACAAGAACCUCUUGGGCCCAUUUGCAGAUGUUCUUAUAUGUAAAACUUGAUUCUUUAAUUAGGUUAGAAGUAACUCUGUCACUGUCGGCUGCAAAGAAUUAAUUUGAAGAUUAAUUCUCAGGAGCUAUCCUGAAAAUUAUAAAGUGUGACAUGGCUGAAUUGUGUCUGGACUCAGCUGUCACUCUUGUGACUUGAUUGUUCUUCAUGGUCUUUACGGAGUGUCACGAGCUGACAGAAAACAAAUGGCCUGACUGCAGUGAAGGUUAGAAGAGAAUGCAGUUUACAGAACUGCCAGUUAUUUUAGUUCCUACCAUCAUCAAAGCAAAGUUCUCAAAGACUUUAUUUAUCAGAAAUGAAAUGAAGAAUUUACAUUUGUAUUUAUAAGUCCAAGACACUGGUUUUGUCUGACACCUGCUUUGGUUAACUAAAAUAAUGCACACAUUUCCGUGGCUUCAGCGACAUGAUAUUAAUUUGGUGUGACUUUGUGAGUGUCUUGCAUUGUAUUUUUCAUUUACUUUAGUUAUGAAUAAGGUUUUUUUUUUUUUUUUGGGGGGGGGGUUAGAAAUUAGUAUGAAGUACCUGCAAAAAAGUAGAAGAAAAGACAAAAGUUUGCUUUGAGAUGAACAUUAUAGUCUUUUAAAAAUAGGCUGCUUUUUUUGUGGGUUAACUGUAGUUUUGCUGCUGCAGUGUUGAUGUUCUCCUUUUUUAAACAGCCGCAAAACCACUGAUUAUUAUCUACCUGUUCGAUGGGAAAUGUUUGAAUUUGUUUGCCAGAUAUCACGUCGCAGACGGAAGACUUAAAUAUUCAAGUCAGUAGUAUUUUUGAUGUCUGGGGUGAAAUAGUUGUCCUGAAAUUUGAAAGUGUCUUUUUUUUUCCCUCCUCCUCCUUUUUUGUUUUUUUUUGGUGGCAUGUCAGUAAUUACUUCUGUUAAGUAAGUUGGAACCACUGUGUUGAGCAACCUAGCGUGUUUGGUGAUUUAACAGUUUAGUGGGCUAGUAGCACAAAGAAAAUAGGUUCAGACUUUGGAAAAGCCAGUUCAUGAACUUGUAGGGUCUUUGAGUAACUGGCUGACAGCAUUUGAUAAAUGUCCAGUAGAGGAGUAACAGUACAAAACCUUUAUGACUGCAUAAGCCUUACAGAAUGCAAUAUUAAAGAUUUGAAGAUAACUAUUUAUAUGUAAAAACACUGUUUAGAUGUGCUUCCUAUCCUGCCAUCCAACAAAUUAACUUAAAAGAGUGUCUGUAUCUGCUUUAGAGAAGGACAGUGCCAGUUUCUGUUUUUCUUUCUUUUUUUUUUUUUUUUAAAAGAUGCUUUUAUGCAUAUUCGUUAUGUCUCAUCUGCGUUUCUGCAAAGACAAACUGUAUUGUGUUGGCUUAUGUUUUAUUUAGAAGCUGAAAAAAUACUUUAUCCUAUCCAAUUAUUUAUUGAAGACAACUCUGGAAUGCUAUACAAUACUGUACCCCAGAUUUGUUAAAAGUUGCACUAUGUGUUUCAGUUUUCUUUCACUGCUAUAAUCAAGGAAUGGAACAUGAGGAAUUCAACAACCAACCACUAUUUUUUUUUUUUCUGUCCUUCGCUUGGAACGACAUGAUGCAUCACAUGGAAGUGGAUUUAAAUGAUGCUAAAAACGGAUGAAACCAAUAGCACUUCUAAUUGAAAUUCGCAAAAAAGGCAAACCUCAGCCAUGCAGUUUAUUAGCAUAACUCUGUGUUUCAAUGGUAAUUUUAUUCAAGUAUGAGGAUAAUAAGUGAAUUCUGUUUGUAAUACAAAAUAGCAGAAAUGUCCUUUGCAUAUAAUAAGAGAGAAGAUCUUGCAUGGAAAUCUUUCCUCCACUUUGAGUAUCGAAGCAGAUUUUCUAAUUUCUCAUUCUCCCAUUUUAAUAAUUAGAUCUAGUUUUCAACAUAGAAACAGAUUAUAUAUAACAUGAGAUUGCAGGCUUGUGUCCUGUAAACCACUCUGUUCCCUGUGCAAGUUCAUGAGGUUUGCCAUUAUGUGCCACUGGAAUUUCACACAUAAUUUUUGUCACUUUUAUUAAAUGUACAAUUUCUCAGAUGUUUUGUAAUGUCUUGUUAUUAUUUAAAAGUCUGUCAUGCAUCUGUUUUGAAUGUUGACAAAUUAAUAUUUAAUUGUGGUAGUUUAUCAAUACCUUGAGGGGUUGUACUGAAUUAUUAUUAUUAUAUAGUACUGAAUUAUUCGACAGAAAUCCUUAACAGAUAGAUGGUAAAUAACAUCACUCCAGCAGUCAUUAAUUAAAUUUGUAUUAAUAAUUUUUUUCUUUCUUUCUCUUUUUGACAGAAUGUGCAGUCUUUGUCUUUUAGACGUUAAAGUUUAUAUUGCAUAUAUUAACAACAAUAUAUGCCCAAUUUUAAUUACUGCACUCAAUUACAGAUAGUACACAGAUAUGUUUGAUACUAAGCAUUCAUAAUGCUAUACUGUUUAAUUGGACGGCUGAAUAAUAAUCAUCUCUUUGUAAUAACCCAUUUUCUCUUCUGCUUGCUAUUUUAUUGCCAUUUAAUUUUUGAGCUCAGGAUCACUGUGACCCUCCAGAGAGAGAUUUGUUUAUGAUGUAUCUGCCUAGAAAAUUAUUCAUGAAAAAACGGAGAAUCUGAUAAUACGCAGAGUGCAGCGCAGUGUCAGUUCAAGGUGCUCUGUAUAGCUGAAGGGAUACUGUUGAACUGCGACGAGCCGAUGUAAUGUGUGUGUGUGUGUGUGUGUGUGUGUGUGUGUGUGUGUGUGUGUGUAUGCAAGUCGAGACCAAUUCGAACCAGGUUUCAAGCAUGAAGUACAAAUUACAUCAGCUUGCUUUGAACUCAUUAACCCAAACACAAAAUGGCUUUUUUUAUCAUUCAAUUCUUAAAGGAAAUGUAGCUUCCUUUAGUGGUGCAUAUAGUCGGAGAAGGUUUAAAGAACUAUACACAGGAUUCGAAACGGAUCAGGAUUGUAUUGAUGUGGCCAUUACGAGAGGUCAUGUGGUCAGGAUGCGUGCGUCAUUAAACGAAGAAAUCAUGAUUAUAACAUUACAUGCAUAAUUAAGGGAAGACAUUAAGGUGCUGAUUGCGUACAUUAUCCGCCUAAGCGACUUGCUCUUGCCACAGUUAGCAGAAGUGAGAAAAAAUAGUUUUAUUACAUUUAAAAUAUGCAUGCAUUCUUACAAAAAUGAAAUAUCCAUGCAUUACCGUACAAUGCGUUAUCUUACAAAAAUUGCAUGGGUUAUUCAACCCCCUGAGCUGUGUGAGGGGCAUUUUAUUAUGAAUGCGCCCACUUUACUUCAUGUCUUCCAAACUGUAUACAGCAAACACCCGUUCAUCUCCAUGGAAAGGCUUAGAGAGGCCAGGACUAUUUGUCCAAUUGGAUUCGUCUGAAAAAAAGUCACAUACACAAUGAUUCGAAGGUGAGCAAAACAGGCUGAAUUUCAUUGUUGGGUGAAGAAAUUCUAUAAUGACCCGUUUAAUUUUACUCAUAAAUCAAAAUCUGCCCGUAGGAUUCCUGUAGGAACUACCUGGGGAAGCCAUGUCUGAAGAUGCUAAUUGUUUUUGAUGUUUUUAGGGAUACAAAUUGAACUUCUUUAUUUGAGAAGGUCAAAAUAAAUGAGGAGACGUAUUGUUAUAAAUAAUACAGUACCGCAAUUACAGGGAUUCCUAUACUGACUAGAUUAGAUUUCUCCUAGGACCUCUGAGCUGGCCAGACAAACAGCAGGUAAUUUGCUACAUCAUUUUACGGAGGUUAUACGAGUCAUAACCAGAUACAGUCAUGUCGUUUUAAGAUGGUAUUGAAAUUGCAAUGUGUGACUUUGAAGCAAAAAAAUUACUUAAACUUCACAGGGAAAACAAGUCCAGUCCGAAUGGCUAAGAGCAGAAAUUGGCUUUCAUUAGUGAACAUUUCUUACAUUGAUUAUGCCAAGUAAACAUGGCUAGUUUGUUUCACUUUAUUUUCCAAAAUAACCCAUUUGAGUAAAGAUGAGGAGAAUGUAAAUGCGGAAGAAAAAUUCAUUUCUGCUCUGCUCAUGGUAUUGAUUUUCUUGGAAUUUGCCAAGCAGUCAGAAUGAAGUAUCACCGGGGCGCCUGGAGGAAAAUGUACGUGACAGCAGACAGUGUAGACCACUUAUCUCAAAGUGAAGGAAAACAACCGGGAGACACUCAGGUGACGGGAAGAUGACCUUUCGGGUCAUUUUUGUACCUUAAAUAUAGGGAACGAGGGGUCACGAGAAUGAUGCAGCGAAGUCCUUUCCAGUUUCUGUGCAUCUGUGGAAAAGUACAGCUGUUGAGCGUUUGUAACCUUGGGUGAGAUUAAGAUAUAAAAGUGAAGGACCGCCCUCCCUCUUGGUCAGAGAGGUUUCUGUAGGACUGUCUGACCUUCUUUGGAAAGAAUAAAUCUUUUAAAAGGCAAAUUAUUGAAUUAUUGACAUGGAGAGUGUUGGUUAAAAUUGCCAACGACAUAAAUCUUUCAGCGUUUUGAGUUUAGAAUUAUUCACUAUUUAAUAAUUUCCUGAGCUUGUUUUGGAACAGAACAAGCAUGUGACGUUAACAUACCUGCAGAGCAUCUUUAUGAAUUCGUUUUCUCGUUUUUGAAAAUCGUGGCAUUACGUAAUGAUUUG